CGGCCGGAGCCGGGGAGGCAGCGCCGAGCCGAGCGGGUGCCGGGCGGAGCGAGCAUGAAGGACCGAACGGGGGAGCUCCGCGCGGCUAAGGACAGCGAUGAUGAUGAUGAAGUCACCGUUAGCGUGGACCGGGAUCGCUUCAUGGAUGAGUUCUUUGAACAGGUGGAAGAAAUUCGAGGGUUCAUCGAUAAGAUUUCUGAGAAUGUGGAGGAAGUGAAGAGGAAGCACAGUGCUAUUCUUGCGUCCCCCAACCCAGAUGAGAAAACAAAGGAGGAGCUCGAAGAAUUAAUGUCUGACAUCAAAAAGACAGCAAACAAAGUGCGCUCCAAGUUAAAGAGUAUUGAACAGAGUAUUGAACAAGAGGAAGGAUUGAAUAGAUCAUCUGCUGACCUGAGGAUAAGGAAAACACAGCAUUCCACAUUGUCGCGCAAGUUUGUGGAGGUGAUGUCUGAGUACAAUGCCACCCAGUCUGACUACAGGGAGCGCUGCAAAGGGAGGAUUCAAAGACAGCUGGAAAUCACUGGCAGGACCACAACCAGUGAGGAGCUGGAAGACAUGCUGGAGAGCGGGAAUCCGGCCAUCUUCUCCUCCGGGAUCAUCAUGGAUUCCAACAUCACCAAGCAGGCACUGAAUGAGAUCGAGACACGGCACAGCGAGAUCAUCAAGCUGGAGAACAGCAUCCGGGAGCUGCAUGACAUGUUCAUGGACAUGGCCAUGUUGGUGGAGAGCCAGGGCGAGAUGAUUGACCGCAUUGAGUACAACGUUGAGCACUCUGUGGACUACGUGGAGCGGGCUGUGUCUGACACCAAAAAAGCUGUUAAGUACCAGAGCAAAGCCAGGCGGAAGAAGAUAAUGAUCAUUAUCUGCUGCGUGGUCCUGGGCAUCGUCAUCGCCUCCACCUUCGGCGGCAUUUUCGGCUAGACCUUGCCAAGGCGAAACGUUCUCUGUAGACAAUGCGAUGGAGCUGCUGAGCUGCCAGGGCCCAGCUGUGCCUGAGGGGGGGCCAAGCCCUGCAGCUGCCAGGGAGGGGCCUUCCCAGCAGAAUUUCAGUUUCUAAUGCAUGAUCGUUUUGUAACACUGUGUGUACGGUGCGGUGCGUCUGUGUGGUGAGGGGGGGCUGGGCCAUGGGGGGAGCUGGGCCCAAUGGAGGGCAGAGCACGCAUGCAGCACUGAGCCUAAAGCAAGGCAGCCAGCUGGUGCAGUGGGGGGGAGGAGGGAGGCAAGCUGCCCUCAUGUACUGAGUCUCCUAGCAUGGUGCCAGGCACAGGACAGCAGGGCAUGCCAACGGCACUGGGCGAGAGAGAGCAAGGGGCAGUGCUGUGUCCCCCACAGAGCAGAGCUAGCCAGCCAGUCCCCACCCAGCUUUGUAGCCUGGCACUGCCAGUCUGCGUUCACUGGCAAUCAUAGCGCCUUCUGCAUCUGCUAUGCGAGGGCAUUACUGACAAAGUGCCACAUCCCUCUGCCUGCUCCCUGCAGUGCCCCAUCCCUAGGGUACAGCUGGCCUGCAUCUGCCCCACUGCGGCUUCCCGCAGUGCCCCUCUCCCUAGGGUACAGCUGGCCUGCAUCUGCCCCUCUGCGGCUUCCCGCAGUGCCCCUCUCCCUAGGGUACAGCUGGCCUGCAUCUACCCCUCUGCUGCUUACCGCAGUGCCCCUCUCCCUAGGGUACACCUGGCCUGCAGCUCUGCGGCUUACCGCAGUGCCCCUCUUCGCAGGGCAUGCCUUGCAUUGCUCCUGCCCCUCUGCUGCUUCCCGCAGUGCCCCCCUCCCCAGGGCAACUCUGGCACUGCACCUGCCCCUCUGCUGCUCCCUGCAGUGUUUCCCUCCCCCAGCCAUAUGUGGCACUGCACUCACCCUGCUUCCUGCAGACAAGGCGCCAUACACACCUCUACCUGCUCCCCACAGUGCAUGCCUUCCCCGGCCAUACCUGGCACUGCAUCCACCCCACUGCUUCCUGCAGUGCACCCCUCCCCAGGGCAUGCCUGGCACUGCACCUGUCCCUCUGUUGCUUUCCACAGUGCCUCCCUCCCCAGGGCACUGCUGACAAAGCAUCAUGCACACCCUGCCUGUUCCCCACAGUGCUCCCUCCCCUGACCAUACCUGCCACUGCACCCACCUCUGCCUGCUUGCUGCAGUGCCCACCUCCGCUGGCUGGCUCUGACCUCCCCUCUCUGGCUGUUUGGUGCAAGGCCCAGUCCCUGGUGCUGCCCCUUCCCCUCCCCUCUGGCUGGCUGCAGGGGGGCUCAUUUCCCUUUGCUGCUGUCCUGCUGUGGCUGGAGUGUGUUUUCCACAAGGCUAGAGUUCCUGUGUGGUUGGCUGGGCCCGGUUCCGGGGAGAGGGGGCCAGGGGUUGGGGUAGGAUGGCAUGUGCUCUGGUGCACUGCCCCCCACCCCCAGCGAGCACUAGGACCCUCCUGUGCUGAUGCUUCCCAAGUGCUGGUGCAGGUUCCCUGGGGGGCUGCACCCCUUUAGAAUCGGCCCACGGCAUCAGCACUCCCUGGGCUGCUCCGUGCCCGGUUGUCCUAGGGGAGAUGGGCAGCGCCAAUCAGGCAAGGAGCUUGGUGGCCACUGCAUGGGCCUGGCGCCACCUGAGGCUGGGCAGGAAGCAUCUAGGGAUGAGGCUAGAGCAGAGGCUCAGGCUGUCCUGGGUGUGGGUCACUGGGGAGCCCUUCCAGUGCUGGGGCUCCUGCAGGCCCCUAGCCCCCUCACCCAUGGUGGUAAGGGGCACCAGGGCCCUGCACUGCCUUGUGGCUGCAUUCAGCCCUCUGAGGCUGGCACAUGGGGGUGGAGAGGUGACCAACUGCUUGGCACUGCCCCGGGGAGGGAUCCCACUGGCUGCUCUUUCCUGUCCCCCUCCCCGCUGAGCAUGGCACUGUGCACCUGGGGUGGAGCUAGGUGGGAUUUCCCAGCCCCCCAUCACCCUCCCUUGCGACAGACCUGGGCUCUUAGGUCUCCCAACCCUGCUGUGUCUGGCCCAUUGGGGAAGGGCACAGGCUGCACAUGGGAGCCCUGAAGCUGCCCCCCCCCCAACAGCCUGAGGCCCCCACAGAGCAGCCAGGCUCCUGCGCUGCCCGUGGGCAGCUGCCGUUGGGUGUUGUAAGCUCCGUCUCUUCCAGCUCCGUACAGGACAGUAUUGCAGGCAGGGCCGGCGCUUCCAUUUAGGCUACCUAGGCAGUCGCACAGGGCGCCGGGAUUUGGGAGGGCGACAUUUUGCGGCCCUCGGCGGCAAUUCCGUAGCAGGGGGGUCCUUCCAUGCUCCAUGUCUUCAGCAGCAAUUCGGCGGCAGCGGGUCCUUCUGCGCUCCAGGUCUUCGGCAGCAAUUCUACGGCGGGUCCUUCACUCACUCCGGGACCUGCUGCUGAAGG